CAUUUCACCCCAGAGAAAGAAUGUUGGCCAAGAUCUCUAACACAUGGAAACUGCUUUUAAAGCUGUUGGGCCCUGACAUUCUGUUCAGCAGUUUGAAAUCAACCCACAGCUUUCCUCAUUCACCCUCCCACUUGGGGCUAAUGCACAGGCAUGAACAUCUAUUGAGGAAAACCACAAAAACUUCAAAGCAGCUACAACGGGAAAAAGAGAGUAUUGUCCCAGAGUCAGCAGGCCACUAGCUUAUUAACUUCCAGUCACCUUGGUUUUCGCUAAAAUGAAGACUCUGCAGUCAACACUUCUCCUGUUACUGUUUGUGCCUCUGAUAAAGCCAGCGCCACCAACUCAGCAGGACCCACGCAUUAUCUAUGAUUAUGGAACAAAUAAUUUUGAAGAAACCUUAUCUAGCCAAGAUUAUGAGGAUAAAUACCUGGAUGGAAAAAAUAAUAAGGAAAAAGAAACUAUGAUAAUUUCUGAUGAGAAAAGUCUUCAAUUACAAAAAGACGAGAAUGUAACACCAUUAACCCCCAAGAAAGAAAAUGAUGAAAUGCCCACGUGCCUGUUGUGUGUUUGUUUAAGUGGCUCUGUCUACUGUGAAGAAGUGGACAUUGAUGCUGUCCCACCGUUGCCAAAGGAAUCAGCCUAUCUUUAUGCACGAUUCAACAAAAUUAAAAAGCUAACUGCCAAAGAUUUUGCAGACAUACCCAACUUAAAAAGACUCGAUUUUACGGGAAAUUUGAUUGAAGAUAUUGAAGACGGUACUUUCUCAAAACUUUCUCUGUUAGAAGAACUUACACUAGCUGAAAAUCAACUAUUGAAACUUCCAGUUCUUCCUCCCAAGCUUACUUUAUUUAACGCAAAAUACAACAAAAUCAAGAGUAGAGGAAUCAAAGCAAAUACAUUCAAAAAACUGAAUAAACUCUCCUUCCUGUACUUGGAUCACAAUGCCCUGGAAUCUGUGCCUCUUAAUUUACCAGAAAGUCUGCGUGUAAUUCAUCUUCAGUUUAACAACAUAACCUCAAUCACAGACGACACAUUCUGCAAGGCCAAUGAUACCCGUUAUAUUCGGGACCGCAUUGAAGAGAUACGCUUGGAGGGCAACCCCAUCAUCCUGGGAAAGCAUCCCAACAGUUUUAUCUGCUUAAAAAGAUUGCCUGUAGGGUCAUACUUUUAACCACAUCAAUGCAGCAGAUAAGCUAACAUAUACAUACUUGUAAUCUGUCUCUACAAUGUCUAAAGGAGCAUAAAUGUUUGUUUAAUAUUAACUUUGUAUCUCACUAUGAAGGAAUUUUAUGUUUUAAGCAAGGAUGGUCAAAAAUCUUAAAUAUAACAAGUAAAAAGUAAGAGUGAGUCUCUAAGUUCAAAACAAAGUAAUGUGAAAAUAUUUAAAUACCAUUACAAAAUCCUUGUAGUUUAUACCAGCAUGCUAUUUAAAAGGUAUGUUUUUAUAUAAAUACUCAAAUUUAAGAAACAUUAUUUCCAUUACUAAUGAAGUGAGAGGAUAAGUCUAAGAAACUUGCAAUGGUUUAUCUUUCCUGGCCUUUACUGGAUCCCUAAAGCAUUUAAGGCAGAGGCUCCAAAAACUCUGAAAAGCUAAAUAUUUCCAAUGAUCUCCCAUUUUUCUUUAAUGAUUCAUAUAUUAUUCAUUUUGAAGUAGGAACUUUGUUUUCUUUCUAUUAAGGCAGCUAUUAUAUUUUUACUUAGCCUGAGAAAUAGGGUAUAGUCUCCUAUCUAGGCAAAGCUUUCCAAAUCAAGUAUAAUUUUACUCUCUGAUACAGAGCUAAUAGAGUAAUGCUCAAAGUUAUUCUGCUUUGUAGUCACACAGUUAAAGGCUUUAGUAAAACCGUAUAAAAAUUUCUUUUAUCUAAAUAUUAACAUUCAAAGCCUACCAUAAAACACUUUAUGUCAAGCAGACCAAAAUCAGUAUGCUUAUAAGAAAAACUGCAAGUCCAUCCUAUUUUUCAGAAAAUAGCCAUAAAGUUCUCCAUUGUAAAGGCUUUCAAAUAUGAUGCUGCAAAAUAUUUUCUUUUUUACACUAUAGGAAUGAGAGUCUCAUCAAUAAAUCUGUCUGAAUGGAAGACAUGAAAACAAACUGAAUUCUGUGGUGUUGUUGCACACCACCUUCCCACCCACCCAUACAUGUCCAUGUUCAUGCAGACUACAUAUUCA